GUGUCCGCAGUUGGACUGGUCAUCCUACACACCAUUUUAGUCAACUUGGCCAAUGCGGCUUGGGAUGAGAUCAUUCCACAGGAAUCGUUGCUGACAAACCUGAUCAAGGAGGCGAUCACUCUCACGGAAACUGAUGUGCUGCACGUCCAUCGGCGCCUGACUGGACUCCUUGAGGAGGCCUUCAUCCACCUCCACGAGCCGAAAUUGGUGCAAUUAUUUAUGAGCUGGCUUGCGUCUAACACUGAUGUGACGGCAAAUCGUGAAACUGUGAGCGAAUUGUCAAUGGAGGCUGGCUUGAUGUCAGUGGAGGCUUUGUGUGACUGCUACGAGGAGAAGGUGCAAGAACCAAAGGUGGCUGCAGCUCUAGUGAUGCAGUUGGGACGACAGUCAGAUGGCUGUGGUGCUGCGCCGGAGCCGAGCACAAAGGGUGACCCAAUCGACGAUGUUGUCUGA